GGGGGGGGUGAGUUGGGGCCCCGGCUCCCUGCGACAUGCCCAGCUUUCCUCACCGGCGGCUGCGGGGAGCGCAGGUGAGCGCCGGGAGGGCCGUUCCGGCAGGCGGCCCUGCCCCGAGUAGAUCAUUUCCUCAGGAGGAACGGAGAAUUCCUCUUCCCGCCUCGGGGGAAGGCGGCAUCUUGCCAAACCUCCCUCCGCGCCGCUGGACCCGGCGGGGCGCAGGCUGUCGUUGAAUUUGCAUGGAUUUAGAAGUUAAAGGAGUCGCUGCAUCCCCUCGAAGGCAGGCUCAGCUGUCAUCGAGGGGGAAGAAGAAAUGUCAGGGCUGGAGACCAGAUACACGGGCUACUCACGGUCCUCGCCCACCAGAGGUGCCAUGCCUAGAUCUAGGGAGGCUGCGAGAUUCUGAUGGAGAGGAUGGGGACUCUUACGUACCAUACAGUAGAAGUUAUCGUCGUACAUGCCCUCUAGAUCCAUCUUCAGAUUGGAGAACGUCACUACAAUUGCCAUAUGCACAGCAUCAUCAGGGUCAACAGUUUAAACAGGUGUCUAGAAAAUCUUGUCAGAAGAAAAUAGAGCAUUCUGUUUUGGAGCAGAAGACAAUACCAGAAAAUCUGCCAUCCCCAACAGACAGAUAUAAACUGAAGUAUCGUCAGUAUGAAGCAGAUAUGAAGGAAGAAUAUAAGCAAUAUUCUCAGAGAAUUGCAGAAAAGAAAAAAGACCACCUCCAGUGUCCAGAAGCUUCAAUAAAGGGUAUACAGCUUGAAGAUGGACAUAAAGAUGAUCUUACAGCUCUUGAUGAGAAAGCUCUCCUGCAACAAUGCUACACAAGCAAGCCCUAUAAUAUGCAGCACAGUAUAAGGAAAUCAGAAGCUGAGGAUGUUGCUGCAGAGAGGAGAAAACAGGCUGUAGUAGAACAAGUGAUGGUGGAUCAGUUAUCUAGAGCUGUUAUAAGUGACCCAGAGCAAUCCAUGCGUGCUGAUGUUUGUGAGGAAGCUCGUGGGCUUCUGGGACUUGGGACAGCACCAACGCGUUUUAGAAAAAGAAUGCUUCAUGAAACCAAAAUAAGGACCAAAUCAGGAUUAACUGAAAACAUGCUCUCUAACAAGCUACGUUUUGAUAGUAGGAUUAUAUCGAGAAAUGGUCGCGAUGCUUGUAGAGAGUUGAUUGGAUUUUUUUUUGCAUGUGACAGAUCCCUUACUGUGUACGAAUUUCGACAGUUUGGAAAAAAUAGAACAAACGCCUUGCCUUUCAUUCAGAAGGGAGUUUAUCAACAUCAACGUGGACGAAGGAAGGGAAAAGCUUAUGAUCUUAGUGACUUCUAUAUUGGAGCUAACCUAACUUUCCAAAGUGUUGAUCAUAACCUUCCAGAAAGUGUUAAGCAGAACCCAGUUCUCACCCUUCGUGUGAUAAGUAUUGAUGAAGCAGCUAUGGAUUUUCUAAAAUCUUCUUCUAUGGAAUUCAAGCAAGAGUGUUCCAAGCAAGUGGUCGAUGACAGCGAAGUUUUCAAGAAGAUUCAAGGUAUAUUCAGAGAGACACUAAGUAAAAGAGGAGUUCGGGUUAUAACAGGCUUAGGAAAGUAUUUCCGACAAGUAGAAAAGAACAGAAAUGGUUUUCUCUCUCAGGCAGCCUUUAAAGAAGCUCUGAAAGUGUUCCAUUUGGAAAUGCCUGAAGGGGACUUUGAAUCCUUAUGGCUUAUUCUUGAUGAUAGCAAGAGUGAUAAGGUCGACUAUGGAGAAUUUACUCGUGCCGUGUUUGGAGAAAUGAAUGAAUAUAGGAAAGCAUUUGUAAGAAAAGCUUAUAUGAAACUAGAUUUCAACAAAACUGGGAGUGUGCCUAUGGUAGAUAUCAGGAAAUGUUACUGUGCAAAGAAACAUCCUCUAGUGUUGGCAGGCAAAGCUACAGAAGAAGAAAUUAAAUCGUCAUUUCUAGAAACAUUAGGAGAGUCCUGCAGCAACACCAGUGAAGUGUCCUAUUCUGAGUUCGAAGAUUACUAUGAAGGAUUAAGUAUUGGAAUCAUGGAUGAUGAUGAUUUUGUUAAUAUCUUAAGGAACUCUUGGGGAAUUUAGAGUGGAAGAUGACAAAAAUGAAGAGGAGACAUUUUCUAAACAAGGAGUGAGCUAAAUAGGGAGGAUUUAGUCUUGAUGUGCAUUACUUCAUAAUUAGUGUCUUAAACUGAUUCCAGGGACUGAAAAUUUUUGAUGCUUUCAGAAUAAUACAUGGCAAAUUUCUUAGAGUGUCUGUUGAGCUAUGCUAACCGCUCUUUUUUAAUAUAAAUGCUGUUCAUUCCUUUUCAUUGGAAAUAAUAAAGGCUGUUCCCCAUACCAAAAGGCAUCAUUUACUUGAUAUUAAAGUGGCCUAUUUUAAAAUAAGAGGGAGUUAGAAUACUAAAAUGCCUGAAGGAGUAUAUGCAAGAGAAAAUUUAGUUUAUGAUGCAUUGUGAGAAGCUUUAGAUUUGACUGUAUAAAUAUCAAUGGCAGCUUUUCUUCAGAGUUUUCUUCUUAUAAAAGUAAUGUGUUUAUUCUUAUAAUGUUCUUUUGUCUCAUUUCUUGUUUCUUAUACUGGUACUUAGCUUGAAAGCAAGCAGGUCAUCCUUUUCCAAUUUUGAGGAUGUCUGCAGUACUGAAAGCACAGAGAUGUUCACACCAAUUAGUCCUUUGGCCUGUGGACCAUCUUGACUGAUCUUAUUUUUUUUCAUCUUGGUCAGGCAUCUGAAGCUGAGCAUUGAAUCCCAAAGGUUUUAAUAAGCACACAUAUAUUUUGUAAUACACUUCUUCUUUUCCUAUAUUUUGCUAAGUGGUUUUCAAAACAAAUAAUUUAUAUUUAAAUAUCUGGUUUCUUUGCUUUCUAUUGCUGUGAUUUUUUUUUUUUUUUAACUAAAACUUAACAAUGAUAUCCUUUGUCAAACUGAUAUAUAGCAUUUCUUAUCUACUCUGAAGGUGUAAAACAGAAAAGUGUAAAAAAAACCCACCACAACCACAUCUGUCACAACAAAAAUUAAACCAUUAAUUAAAAUAUUCCUUGCUACUUCAAAUAUUCAGCCAGAUAUGCUUGUCAAUGUAAUACAUCUUGUUAAUUCUGUGAAAUUAUUUGUGUUAAGAAAUAGAAAAUGUAUUAUUAAUUAGAGAGAGAGAGCGCGCGCCUUUGGUUUCAAUAUACCUGUCAUUAAAAUUAACUGUAUGUUGAACUGCAUUUCUUAAGCCUAUGCAACUAAAAUAUAUUA